GAUCCGACUACGAUGCGGGCGAUUUCUCUGACGCCGAGGAAGAAGAAAAGGAAGCUCUGCGCAUGCAGCGUGAACAGGCUGAGUUACUAGACGAGGAUGACUAUCUGGGCGAUACUAUGCUCGAGACCCUGGCCAAAUCCGAUGUCAAGAAGCGCACCGACAAGGAGGUAGAGGCGAGUGAUAAUAUGAGCAUAGUAACCAAGGUACAGAGCGAGCUGAAUGAGAUCGAUCUAGAGUCGCUGCACACGAUUGUGCGGGAUACAUCGAGCCUGACGCGAGAGGAGAAGCUGGAACUGAUCCUCAACGAUUCACCGGAGCUGCUAGAGCUGACUGAAGACCUGCAGGACGCCAUCCUCGAGCUCAGAGGCCGCAUCGCCCCUGUGCGCAACAUGUACCUCGAGAACAGACACGCCGAAGGCUACACCACAGACCGCACGCCCCAGGCCAUAGCUGCGGAAAAGUACCUAGACACACGCUUCCAUCUACUGGUCAACUACUGCAUGAACCUGUCCUUCUAUCUGUACCUCAAGGCCAACCACGAGAACGUCAAGAAUCACCCCGUGAUUGCGCAGGUGGUGCGGCUGCGGGAGCUGAAGGAGAGGCUCGAGGUGGUGGAUGAGAGCGUGCAGCAAGAGGUGGACUUUCUGGUGGCGUACCUACAACAGGAACAGGACGAGGGGGGGGCCGACAACGGGUCAGAGUCAGAGGUGGAUGAGGCUACGAGUGUCCCUGUGGGUAGGCAGAGGGGUAGCGAUAAGGGCGAGGAUGAAGAGGAGAGUGAGGAGGAGUACGAGGAUGGUGCGGAAGGGGGUGGUAUGGCGAAGUUCGGUAUUGAGCAGGAUGGCGAGUCGGAUAUGGAUGUGACUGUGGAUAGUCGAGCGAGUGCGCCGUCGGCCAAUAGGAAGGUUGGAGGCUUCGUUGCCAUGCCAACCAAGGUGCUCGAUGCAGAUGUCCAACGGGCGUCCGAGAAGGCGAUGUUGGGCGAUACUAAAAAGGCAAAACGGGCGGGAAAACGAGCGCUUAAAGGUGAUGACUAUGGAGAGAGCGAGGCGUCUCAGCAUGCGCGAGAGGAAGGGAAGACGUAUAAGAGUGCUCUACACAAGCAUCACGAGAAGAAGAAGCAGAAGGGUCCCAAACAAACUGUGUACGGAGGCGGCGACGAUGAUGUACCGAACCGAAAGAAGGACAAUCGUUUGGCGUUCGCCAGGGAUGAGGACAGCGGUGCUAAGGGGUCUGAGGACAAGGACGUAGGCUUGGUCAAGACAAUACAACAGAACGCUGCGGACACGGUCAUUGGCGGAGACGGAGUUGUAGGUAAAACUGUACUAGAGGUCGCUGGAGAUGUGGACGCAGAUCUGGACUACUAUCAAGAACUGGUAGCCAUGAAGAAGAAACGCAAGGAUCAACGAGAGGAGAUGCACACACGCGUAGCCGACUAUCUGCCUGAGGACGAGGCGGAGGGCAAACGGGGUAUCAACUGGCAGAUACAGAAGAACAAGGGUCUGACACAGAAGAAACAGAUCAGGAAUCCCCGUGUGAAGCACAAGAUCAAGUACGACAAGGCUAUGAUCAAGCGGAAACACGUGGUCAAACAGUACAAGGUGGGCGAAUCAGGGAAGACAUACGGCGGAGAGCACACAGGUGUCAAGUCUGGCCUCAGUCGAUCCGUCAAGCUCACACACAAUUAAAACAUUUUUUCUUUCGAG